CAUUUCUUUGUGGAAUUUUCCCUUGGUCAUGUGUGUUGCGCGUGCGUGGCUAUCGGGUUUUUCUAGGGAAGCAUGUUUCGUUUCCCUCUCCUUCUUUUCUUUCGUCUCUUCUUUCUGCUCCAGUGCUCCAUUUUUCGAUACCCUUACUCAGCGUUUUUGUCCUCGCGCUCCACGCGUCUCUUCUCCUCUGCUUUCGCGUUGUUUGGAUUGUUCUUCGCUAUCGUGUUCUGCCAUUUUUUAACCCUUGGUGGCUUUUCUUUUGUUAAUCUUUGUGUUUGCAGGUGUGGAGCCAUUUUGCAAUGGAAAAAUUCGUCGGCCGGUGAAGGUUAUUUAGCUUGGUGGGUUGGUUGUACGGAUCUUUAGCUUGGUGAAUGUAAUUUUUCCUGAUUGUUUUGGGUAUCUGAGUAAGAUUGUGAAAGAAAAGGAGAUUGUGAAACUUUCAUGAUUGAGUUUUCUCCCCUGUAGCCUGUACUCAUGCAGUUCCAACUUUUCUACAAGCUUACUGUGAAAUGAACCUUUCUGGUCAAUAAAAAGAAACUUGAUUCUAAGGCAAGUUGGAAAUGCAUAAAAGUUUGAUCGCAUCCUAUGGAAUUACCAGAGAAGGUCAUCUCCAUUUCAUGCAAAAUAAAACUUAUUUCUACACACAAAAACAGUAGGUUUUUAAAAACUUGACCUUCGCAGAUUGUUCAAAAAGAAAGCAAUUCUGCUAUUGAUUAGUAUAAAGACGCAAUAACAAAGAAGCUCUCAAGUCCACUGCACUGUCCAACUUUUUUGCCCACUUCAGAUACUGCUUUUAGCAUCAAAAUCCUAUGUUUGAUUCCUUCAACACUCUUGAUUGUUAUUUUCAAGCCAACUACUACAUUUUCCAACAAAUUUACAAAGAACAACCAAGCUGGAUUACAGCCAGAUUCCGUCAAAUUAUAUCACUAUUGGUAUUCCAGCUGCCCACCUUAUAGAAAUUACAAGGUUUUAUGGUGUUUAAAACCCCGCAGCAUCGUGCGAGCACUGUUGCUAGUACUUUCUAAUGCCCUGGUGGAUAGGGUUUCAAAUGGGUACAGUAUCAAAGCAUCAAGCAGGAGUAAAAGAUAGGAUCAGUGAAUUACCAGAGGCCCUUCUUUGUCACAUAGUUUCCUUCCUUCCAACAGCGUGGGCUGUGAGGACCACUGUUUUGUCCAAGAGAUGGAAGAACAGAUGGACUUCACUCAUUACCAAUUUAGACUUCGAAGAUAGCAGAGAAUUCGAAACUGAUGAACAAGGUUGCUACGAUUCAAAUCGUUUCAUGAAUUUUGUUGACCGUGUGUUUUUCUUGCGUGACUCAUUAGACAUCAAGAAGUUCCGUCUUGCAAUUUCGUAUUCCAAUGAUUUCUCUCGUAUUGAUGCUUGGAUUUGCAUUGCUGUUAUGCGUAAUGUUGUUGAACUUGAUCUUGAUCUUCGUGAUGUAAGUGAGGGAUUAGAGGUUGAUUUUGAGAUGCCUCAAAGCCUUUUUAAGAGCAAAACACUUAUGAUUUUGAGAGUGUCUUCAAAUAUUAUUUCCUACGAUCCUCCUACAUCAGGGUGUUUCCCUAGUCUCAAGUUCCUUCAUGUUAGUGCGGAUAAUCCUUAUGAGAAGUCAAUGGAAAAUCUCUUUUCUUGUUGCCCUGUACUUGAAUAUUUGAGUAUACAUCUAUUUGUUGGCACUGAUGUCGUCCACAAGAUUAAUGUCUCUGCACCUCAACUGAAAACAUUGGAAAUAUCUUUGGAUGACGAGUAUGAGAACGAGAACAUCUUUUAUAUUGAUGCCCCACAGCUUGCUAAUUUUCAUCUUAAGGGGGCUGAUUUGUCAAGUUGUUCUUUGAAGAAUGCAAAAUCCAUAGUCAAUGCCAGUGUUGCUUUCAAAUACCUUGCUAGAAACCUGUCGCCUUUGUUUCCCGUGCGUGCAUGUUCACUUCUGGCUGGAAUUUCCAAAGUUAAGUAUCUGUCUCUUUCAGCAUAUUCUUUGGAGGCCCGGUGUCUCCCUUUUUUGGUUAACUUGACCAAAUUGAAGUUGGUUCUUCGUGAGUCCAAGUACUGGAAAUUGUUAGCAGGGCUGCUCUACAGAGCACGGAAUCUGGAAGAUCUUGCAUUGGAAGAUGCAAGUAAAAUCUAUUCACUUGUUCUACGCUCCACCAACAUGCAGCAGGUCAUAAAGUCAAUUCGCAUUUCAUUUAUUCUUUUGUUGUCAGGAAACUUAUUCUGGGGAAUACUCAGAGGUAUGGGAGCCACCAAAGUUUCUGCCUAUUUGUUUGUCCUCGCAUCUCAGGACUAUCUCCAUUACCGGAUUCAAGGGAUUGCUGGUUGAGAGGGAAGCAGCAAAGUAUUUGUUGAGGAAUGGCCAUCUUUUGAAUAAGAUGACAAUUUAUACAGAUAGACACCUUAUCUGCAAGAAAGAAGAAUUAUUGAAGGAGUUUUUGAUGUUUCAUAGGGCAAUGACUUGUCAAGUUGAGUUUAUUUAGAUGAAAGUGUAGGAUUAUGCUGUGGAGUUUGUAAAAGCAUAUUGGCAGGCAACCUACUUCCAAUCUUUUUGCGUUCGAGAAUUGAAUCUCUUUAGAUUUGUUUGAUUAGUGAGAUUUGAUUAAUCCUGGUGAUAUGCCUAUGCGAAAGGGACACUGUAGAACCCACAUUUCAGACUACUUAAAUGAAUAGAACCGCCUAAUCUUUAUGUCUU